AUGCCACCGCCGCUGCCACUGCCGCCGCUGCCCGCGCCAGCCCAGUGGAACAGCCCAAAGAGCCCAACCAGCGGCACAAUGGCCGUUAUCUCGUGCAAGAUCAGGAACGCAACGACGUGCGACACGGGCGCAUCCUUGAGCCGCCGCGUGUACUUUUGUAGCGAUUUGGGAAGCCGCGACAAAACACGGUCCAGGCGGGAGGCCUGCGCGGCUUCUUUUGUGGACGGAGUAGGCGGAGCGGUAGACUUGGGCGGUGGCUCGGUGCUGUACUGGCGAGAUGUGCGUGGAGGUCGGAGCCGGACGGUGCGACGGGCGACUGUGUUUGCAGGCCGGCAUAGCCCGGUGAAGCGCACACCCGCCGGCCUUGCGGACCACGCCGACGCCGAAAAGAGGCGGCCGACGCCCGGAAAUCGUGGUAGUGACAUGUCUGAGGGUUGCCUGGACACAACAAAGGGCAUAAUUGACACAAAUUGGGCGACUGUUUUAUGUUGUGUCUGA